AUGGAGUCGAAAAGAACAUGGUGCAGACAACGGUCACUCUGGGAUCAGGAAUGGAACAGUAUUGUCUUUAGUGACGAGUCUCGAUUUUGUUUAGGCAUGUACGAUGGUCGUGUCAGGGUUAGAAGGCGACGUGGUGAAAGGAGGAAUCCACAGUUUUUUGUUGAAAGACAUGUUCAUCACACUGUUGGAGUUAUGGUUUGGGGUGCUAAAGCUUAUGGUUCCAGAUCACCUUUAAUCUUCAUCAGAGGUAACAUGAACGCGCAGCGUUAUAUCCACGAAGUUCUAGAACCCCAUCUUUUACCCUACUUCUCUGCCGCUUGUAACGGGGGAGUUGUGGCUUUUGUCCGCAGCAGUCUUUCCUGCUCCAGGGAUCUUUCUUUGGAAUCAGACCGGAAGGACAUUCUGUGGCUUCGCCUCAACUCUAAAACAUCACCCAAAUUUAUUUGCUGCCUUUAUCGCUCUCCCUCGAACCAUAACUGGGAUGACCUACUCGAAUACCUCGCCGUCCAGAUCGACUUCCUGAACAUCAAUCACCCCGCUUCAGAGGUAGUUCUUCUCGGUGAUUUCAAUGCCCAUAAUGAGCUUUGGUUGGGCUCAAAUAAGACCGAUGCAGCAGGUCGUGCAGUCGAAGCGUUCGCUCUUACUCAAGGGCUGACCCAGCUGGUGACGAGCCUUACUUUUUUCCCCUGCGUCUCGUCACACGCCAGUAGCCUGCUGGAUCUCUUUCUGACCACGCAUCCUGCCCCUUACAGCACUGCUGUCCUGUCCCCCCUGGGUAACUCAGAUCACGGUGUUGUGGGGGUUAGGUUUUGGUCAGAAGCUGCUGUGGCAGCAGAAACUCGCACAGGCCGCAAAACUUGGCAUUACGGACAUGCCGACUGGAAGGGGCUCAGAGACUUCUUCUCUAGCUUUCCUUGGAGAGAUGUCUGUUUCACUGACGCGGAUGCGUCGACUGAAUACAUCCCUCACACAAAAUUCCUAAACCAGGGGUCCAACGGCUGGUUCAACAAAUCACAAGCCGACGUCGACGUUCGCAAUGCCAAAACCCAGCAUGAUAUAAAAGUUAGGCACAGGGUAAUGUCGCAGCGCAAUGGCAGUCGAAAGAUUGAAAAGAACUUCUCACACAGUAGCCUUCACCACUUAGUGCCGUCAAUUCAAAGGGUUCCCCACACUAUGCGGGAGGUAACAUUCAGGCAUAAGACCGUAAGACGAGUGCUCUUGUCGCUUGACAUCAACAAAGCUACUGGAUGUGCAGCUGAGCUUGCUCCAGUUCUUUCGCGUCUCUUCCAGAUAUCUUAUGAAUCCGGCACCUCCCAGAAAACUGGAAUUUGCUCAUGUAAAGUGAUGGAGAGGUGCAUAAAUCGCGAGCUUCUGGACUACCUCGAACGUCACACCUUGAUUAGCGACAGGCAGUACGGUUUCCGGCACCAACGAUCCACAGGGGACCUCCUAGCUUACGUCACGCAACUGUGGAGUAAACUCAUCCAGUCUCAUGGUGAGGCCUCAUGUCGUUGCUCUUGA